AUGGCCGCUCCUGCGCCCUCCGCCCCUGGUCCUCACGAGGACCAAGGGGUUAUGAGCCCAACUGGUGCUCGGCGUGCCAUUGAUUCGAGAUUGGAAGGUGAGACUGCUGGUCCGCGCUACGAUCGUCAUCCUGCUGGAAAUGCGAUGCCCAAUGGGGUACUUUCGGCUGAUGUUGUAAGGCGUGAGGAUAUGGUGCAGGCCUCACCUGGUGCAGCGAGUUUGGAAAGCGCUCCAUGGCCACCAGCUAUGACUUCAAGGACAGAAGAUGUGGGACCGCCUGGUACAUUUUCCUGUGAUUCCGGGCUUCGCCAAGAAACGUCUUCCGUGUCUGCUGGGAAUGUGGGGCCAACGAUUCCGCACUUGGUCGCGCGGGCGAGUACGGAUAAUCACCCGGGAGGCUCCCAGGGUGGGACUGCCUUGCCAGUCCCGUCCUGGAUGAGUCGUCUCGGGGAUUAUCUUCGCCAAGCUUCCGGACAGGUUGAGACGCUGACAACGACGCUCACGAGGAGUGUGGGAACAGACGAUGCUUCAUCGGCGUCCAUUCCGGUGGAGUUGGUGCAGGAGGAGGUGAGAAGACAAGUGGAAGCGGCCUUGGCAGGACAGAAGGGAAGGAUCGUGGUGUACCUCAUGGAGAUCGGGCCUACUCAGCAUCGCAAGUGCUUCAUGAGGAUCGUGGUGUACCUCAUGGAGAUCGGGCCUACUCAGCAUCGCAAGUGCUUCAUGAGGAUCGUGGUGUACCUCAUGGAGAUCGGGCCUCUUUCGCAACUCAAGUGCUUCAUGAGGAUCGUGGUGUACCUCAUGGAGAUCGGGCCUCUUUCGCAACUCAAGUGCUUCAUGAGGAUCGUGGCGUACCUCAUGGAGAUCGGGCCUCUUUCGCAACUCAAGUGCUUCAUGAGGAUCGUGGCGUACCUCAUGGAGAUCGGGCCUCUUUCGCAACUCAAGUGCUUCAUGAGGAUCGUGGCGUACCUCAUGGAGAUCGGGCCUCUUUCGCAACACAUGCACUUCGUGAGGAUCGUGGUGUACCUCAUGGAGAUCGGGCCUCCUCAGCAUCUCAUGCACUUCGUGAGGAUCGUGGUGUACCUCAUGGAGAUCGGGCCUACCCAGCAUCUCAUGCACUUCGUGAGGAUCGUGGUGUACCUCAUGGAGAUCGGGCCUCUUUCGCUCAUGCACCUCGUGAGGAUCGUGGUGUACCUCAUGGAGAUCGGGCCUACCCAGCAUCUCAUGCACUUCCUGAGGAUCGUGGUGUACCUCAUGGUCGUCAACCAGUUCCGUCGAUGUCUCGGGCCCAUGAUGGUCCUCGUGCACAGAGGGGCGAAGCUGGUGCCAGGUCAAGAAGUGCAGAAGGACAUGGCGAGCUUGGGAACAGGCCAAGGAAUGUGUAUGCUCGUGGUUAUGGUGCCAAGCGAUCUGCCUCAGCGAGUCCGUCGCCAAGUGGUGGUAGAGGAGUUGUGGGUGAGAGGUUGUCUGGAGGGGAUGUCUGUGGUGUCCCGCCGUUUGACCGAGCCUUCAGGGCUCGCUUGGAGCCUGAGCUAG